GUCUGGAGUAGCAGCAUGCAGGAAUCCCCAGUGGAGAGCCAGAGGAGGUCUAUGUCAUCUGCCUCUGAAGAGACACAGCCAGGUAACCACCAACCUCCAGACAUUGCCAUAGCUCAGCCAUCAGUGUCAUCAGCAGUGCUGGGAGCAUGUCGCGACGCCAGGUGAGCCAUUCUAACACCUACAGCCACACGGGCCAUCCUAACUACACAUCCUUCCCACCUCGAGCUCCAGGCUGGACCCAGGGCCACAGCUUAAACGGAGUUAGCAGGGCCCCAUGCACGCGUACCUGCAACGGCUUGGACUUCAGCGCCUGCAACGGCCACUCCGAACAGCCCUUGAAUCCCACCUUCCCCUGCAAGGGCCAGUCCUACAACCCCAAGUUUGCAGAGAGCAGCCACCUGGAGAGAGGACCGAAGGUGGUCAGAAAGCCCACUGAUCAGAGCAAUAGCCCCCACUACCUGCUCUGUACCAACCGUCCUCCAGGCCCCUCCAACCCCAGCUUCCUGGACCAGCUCAUCAAGGGUAUCAACUACCUGGACCGAUCGACCAAUGCCUUCUACAACUGCUCCCAAACGCUGAGCCUGCCCAGGCUUGCAGUCAACUACCUGGAACGAGCUGCUAAUGCUCUCUACCAGGACAACCUGGAACCCUUGUCCCGCGGUUACUCCAGCCCCAGUAGCAGCAUGGCCGCCUCUGGCAGCUCCACCGCCAGCACCUGUGUGGUGCCUUCCCUGGGGGCUGCCGAAGCCCUGCAGUGCCUGGCCGGCUCCACCAGCAUGAGCGACCAGCAUCCACCUCAGAGCCAGAGCUUCACCCCUCCGAGGUCGGGCACCAAGCUGCCCGAGCUCCCUUUGUUUGGCAGUGGGUUCUUAAGUCAUCUGCCCAAGGUCUGGGAAACCAUCCGCUCAGGCUGGAAUGCCCCAGAGCCCAAUUCCAAACCCUCCACCUGGUGGUGACCUUGACACCAAUUGUACAGUGGACACGUCUAUCAGGCUGCAG